CGUCGCUCAUUCUCCAUUGGCUCUCUCUCCACUCUGCACUCAGCCUUCACACACCAGACCAGCCUCCACACAGCUGAGUGCGUGCGCCCAACGUGUGAGCGUGAGUGUGUGUGAAUCCAACCAACCUGCUUGGACUGGACUCAGCUUCCCACGCCGCUCCAAAGAGGAAAAAGAUGGAGAAAAAGAGCGCGAUCAACGGGCACAUGCCCAGCUCGGCGUCCACUGAUCGGAUCCUGGAGAAAAGCGCGCGGAAGAGCUUCGGGGAGAAGCUGAUGGAGUUCCUGGGAAAGAACCUGCUGGUGAUCAUGACGGUGUCGGGGGUGCUGGUGGGCAUCGGGCUCGGGAUGAUGGUCCGAAAAAUGGACCUGACCAAGGCACAGAUGACCUACUUCGCCUUCCCCGGAGAGAUGCUCCUCCGGAUGCUGAAGAUGAUUAUCCUGCCCCUGGUCGUUUGCAGCCUCGUCUCUGGCGCCGCCAGCCUGGACACUCGCUCCCUGGGCAAGCUGGGGGGCAUCGCGGUCGCCUACUUCCUGGUGACCACGCUGAUCGCUUCUGGGAUCGGGGUGGCCCUGGCCUUCAUCAUCAAACCCGGCGUGGGCGCCGGAGCCCUGAACACCAACAGCCUGGGGCUGGAGAGCGUCAGCAGCAACAAGGAGACCGCUGACUCCUUCUUAGACCUGGCCAGGAAUUUAUUCCCAGCAAACUUGGUGGCUGCUGCUUUCCGUUCUUAUGCCACUGACUACAAGAUGGUUGCUGUAGGGAACGACACCAAUGGGACCGCCCUCUAUCAAAAGGUGCCUAUUGGUACAGAAGCAGAUGGCAUGAACAUCCUAGGUCUGGUGUUAUUUGCCAUGGUGUUUGGAGUGGCGUUGAGGAAGCUGGGAGAUGAGGGAGAAGAACUCAUUCGUUUCUUCAACGCUUUCAACGAGGCCACCAUGGUGCUGGUGUCCUGGAUCAUGUGGUACAUCCCUUUUGGCAUCAUGUUUCUGGUGGGGAGUAAGAUUGUGGAGAUGGAAGAUGUGGUUCUUCUAGUUACUAGUCUGGGAAAAUACAUAUUUGCUUCAAUCCUGGGCCACAUAAUCCACGGAGGCAUCGUCCUGCCACUAAUCUACUUUGGCUUCACACGCAAGAACCCCUUCAGUUUCCUGUCAGGCCUCAUCACGCCCUUCACCACUGCCUUUGCAACCUGUUCCAGUUCAGCAACUCUUCCCUCUAUGAUAAAAUGUGUGGAGGAGAACAAUGGUGUGGACAAACGCAUCAGCCGCUUUAUCCUUCCCAUCGGGGCCACGGUCAACAUGGACGGGGCGGCCAUAUUCCAGUGCAUCGCUGCUGUUUUUAUCGCUCAGCUCAACAACGUUGAUCUGAACGCUGGACAGAUCUUUACCAUCUUGGUGACAGCCACAGCCUCAAGUGUCGGUGCAGCAGGCAUCCCGGCCGGCGGCAUCAUUACCAUCGCUAUUAUCCUGGAGGCCAUUGGCCUGCCGACCAACGACCUGUCCCUCAUGCUAGCUGUUGACUGGAUUGUGGAUCGUACCACCACGGUGGUAAACGUGGAGGGCGAUGCUCUGGGUGCAGGAAUCCUCCACCACAUCAACCAGAAGGAGAUGAAGAAGCACAAGGAGCAGCAGCAGCAGCAGCCGCAGGAGGAAGGGGAACUGGCGGAGGUCCUGGUGGAGGUGGUGGCCAAAGUCCAGGCGGAGGAGGAGAACUCGCCGUACAUCAUUCACCAAACCAAAGCCAUGCCUGAAGCCAUUGAGUCAGUCCUGUGAACUAAGCCAGACUUUUUCUCUUGCCCCCUGACCUAUCAAUACUUCUGAUGUUGCUGCUGACCGGACACCAUUCUGACUCAGUAUCCAUUAAAAAAAA